AUGAAAUUUUCUGGCAUUCUUUCCAGUUGUGGUGGCGCUGUACUACUCUUUUCUUUCUCCGAUGCAAAAACGCAUAUUCACAACUAUCAUUCACACAGUCAAUUUCAUCGUCUAGAUCAAAGGCACGGAAAUUCCACCUCAAACUCCACACGAGGAGGAAACUCUCUUCAUGGAGGCCUCCAAAAAGGCUCUUCAAGCUGUCAAUUUCCCAAAGACGCAGGGCUAGUGGCUAUCACACCAGAAUCGAAAAAUGCUGGCUGGGCUAUGUCCCCUGACGAGAGCUGUAGCUCAGGGAGUUAUUGCCCGUAUGCUUGUCCAUCAGGACAGGUAAUGGCACAAUGGAACCCACAAGCUACCUCAUAUACCUAUCCACAAUCUAUGGAUGGCGGAUUAUAUUGUGACCGCGAUGGCCAGGUCAAAAAACCCUUUCCAGAAAAACCUUACUGUGUACCUGGUACUGGUGGAGUUGUAGCUCACAACAAGGUUGGAAAAGGCGUUUCAUUUUGCCAAACAGUUCUACCAGGAAAUGAGGCCAUGUUGAUUCCCACCCAUGUUGAAGAGAUGGAAAAUCUAGCUGUUCCGGGGACAAAUUACUGGUGUAAAAGUGCUGCACACUAUUAUAUAAAUCCUCCUGGUGUCGCAGCCGAGGAUGCUUGCGUAUGGGGAGAUGGAUCCAAGCCAAUUGGAAACUGGUCACCAUACGUCGCAGGAGCUAAUACAGAUACUAGUGGACAGACUUUUGUUAAGGUCGGCUGGAAUCCAAUAUACACCGGAUCAUCAUUAUCCAAAACCCCACCUAGCUUUGGAGUCAAGAUUGUGUGCGAAAGUGGUGGGUGCAAUGGAACACCUUGUGGAAUUGAUCCAUCUGCGCACGGUGUGGGUAGUGUUCAGAGCGCCAAUGAGGCGACAGGUGCUGGGGGAGCUAACUUCUGCGUCGUGACCGUUCCUAAGGGUGGCAAAGCGAAUAUCGAAGUGUUUGGUUUUGACGGAAAGCCUGUAAAAUCUGACGUUGGUUCAGAACACGACGAUAACGACAAGAGUGAUGGAUCAGCGUCCAAACCUUCACAGUCGCCCAACCCAACAGCUGACGUCUCAAAAGAUAAACCAAAUAAUGACACAGAACCUAGCAAUGAACAGGGGAAAGAUAAAGAUCAUACAGAAAAUACAGAUAAUGAAAAAAAAGACAGUCAAGAGAAUAGUGGGAACCAGGCAAAUACUAAUGAGGCUAUCAAGAUUUCAGCAUCAAACGACAAAAGCUCAUCUAGUAGCGUAACUGUCCCCAGCACUCUCGCCAGUCCAACAGUUGUUCCCAUCCCAGAAGCGAACAGCAAUCCAGGACCUGAGAUAAAAGGAACCGAAGAUAAUCAGAUGAACAAUGGCAGUAAUAUGGGCUCCACUUCUACUGCAAGCGGCGCAUCCGAUGCUAACCAUCUGGGUGAGAUGGAAAAUGGCCCACUAAGCGAAGCUCCAAAAGUGGCUGCACCCCCAGCACCACCAACCGAACAAGUUGACUAUAAACCUAUGUCUCCCGUAGAUCCAUCUUUAAAAAGUUCAACUAACAACGAUCAAUCUUCACCAAGCUCCAGUUCUGUCUCCUUGGAUAAUCCAGCUGAGGUACACGAAGCAUCACUCACACCCCAUGGUGCCAAAACAGCAUACCAAGCUAUGCAUCAGAACGACGACGAUUCUCUGGAUGAUGGUGACUCUAACAGUAAUCCAGGAGGUCAGGAUCCGGAUAAUACAGGUACCACAAAUAAGGACUCUGGCUCAUCGAGUCUCUUAAAUUCCUGCAAUUUGUUCACCAGCUUGGUACCAUUUUAUAUCGCCUUACUUCUAUGA